ACCGCCACCCAUCACCGUCGCCGCCGUCAUCAUAAUCACCAUCAUCAUCAUCACAAUCAUCUCGAGGUAACAAGCGGAGCAGACCACUCGUAUCGUAUCCUCCUCCACAGAGCCACUACAGCCCUACCAUUCAUUACAAUACAUAACCCAUUCCUUUCCAUUUUUUCUCAUUUUGUCCAUAUCAACAAACAAAUAUCUCCACGCCUUUUCGUCUACACCCUUCGCACAUUCCUCCUCCUCUUAAAUAUCUCAAUUUCCACUCGCAUUUGGGGAUUGUGCGUCUCUUCCAUAUACGGAGCACGCACCUAUUCUGGUGGUGUAUUUGUUAUUGAAGAUGGCAACCGCAGUGAAGACAAAUGGUGCUAAAGCUGCUAUUGCGGCCAAGAGUCCGGGAAAAGUUCCGGCUGAUGCCCAUCCGCUUGCCAAAGAUCCAACUGAAAUUGCGUCCAAUAUCAACUACCAUGCUCAAUAUAGCCCUCAUUUUUCCCCUUUCAAGUUUGAGCCAGAGCAAGCAUACUAUGCCACUGCAGAAAGUGUUCGUGAUAAACUAAUCAAGCAAUGGAAUGAGACAUACAUGCACUACCACAAAGUAAAUCCUAAGCAAACAUACUAUCUAUCCAUGGAAUAUCUUCAAGGAAGAGCUUUGACAAAUGCAAUUGGAAACCUAGAUGUUCAAGAUGCAUAUGCUGAUGCUUUAAAGCAGCUUGGCCACGAACUUGAGAACAUUGUGGAGCAGGAGAAAGAUGCUGCUCUCGGAAAUGGUGGUCUUGGGAGGCUUGCUUCAUGUUUUCUUGAUUCAAUGGCUACCUUGAACUUACCCGCUUGGGGAUAUGGUUUAAGGUAUAGAUACGGUUUAUUCAAGCAGAGGAUCAGCAAAGUUGGCCAAGAAGAAGUUGCAGAAGAUUGGUUGGAGAAGUUCAGUCCUUGGGAAGUUGUUAGGCACGACGUGGUUUUCCCUAUAAGAUUUUUCGGUCAGGUUGAGGUCUAUCCCUCUGGCUCUCGGAAAUGGAUUGGUGGAGAAGUCAUACAAGCUGUUGCAUAUGAUGUACCGAUUCCUGGAUAUAAAACAAAGAACACCAACAGUCUUCGUCUCUGGGAAGCCAAGGCUGGAGCUGAGGACUUCAACUUAUUUCAGUUUAAUGAUGGGCAGUAUGAGUCCGCUGCUGCACUUCAUUCAAGAGCCCAGCAGAUUUGUGCUGUUCUAUAUCCGGGGGAUGCCACCGAAGAUGGAAAGCUUUUGAGACUGAAGCAGCAGUUCUUCCUAUGCAGUGCAUCUCUUCAGGAUAUCAUCUCUAGAUUUAAAGAGAGAAAAGAAGGAAAAGAAGGGAUUAAAUGGUCUGAAUUCCCAUCUAAGGUUGCAGUGCAACUGAAUGACACACAUCCCACCCUAGCUAUACCGGAGCUGAUGCGUUUAUUGAUGGAUGACGAGAAUCUUGGAUGGGAUGAAGCUUGGGAUAUCACUACCAGGACAAUUGCCUAUACAAACCACACGGUUCUUCCCGAGGCCUUGGAGAAAUGGUCACAGUCUGUCAUGUGGAAGCUCCUUCCACGCCAUAUGGAGAUCAUUACAGAAAUUGACAAAAGGUUUGUUGCAAUGAUAGAGUCAACAAGACCUGACCUCGUGGACAAACUUUCUGGUCUUCGUAUCUUAGACAACAACCCACAGAAAGCAGUUGUGCGUAUGGCCAAUUUGUGUGUGGUCUCUUCACACACGGUAAAUGGUGUUGCACAACUGCACAGUGACAUAUUGAAGGCUGAGCUAUUUGCCGAUUAUGUCUCAGUAUGGCCCACCAAAUUUCAGAACAAAACCAAUGGUAUUACCCCCCGUCGGUGGCUGAGGUUUUGCAAUCCAGAGCUCAGCCACAUCAUCACCAAAUGGCUGAAAACAGAUCAAUGGGUGACAAACCUCGACCUGCUAACAAAUCUGCGACCUUUUUCGGAGAAUUCAGAUUUCCAGAAUGAGUGGGAAUCAGCUAAGUUGGCAAGCAAAAAGCGUUUGGCAAAAUACAUUCUGCAGGUUACCGGUGAGAGUAUUGACCCAAACUCGCUCUUUGACAUUCAAGUCAAGCGCAUCCAUGAGUAUAAGCGGCAGCUGUUGAACAUUUUGGGUGCCGUCUAUAGGUACAAGAAAUUGAAGGAGAUGAGCCCUGAAGAGCGUAAGAAAACCACACCUCGCACCAUAAUGAUAGGAGGGAAAGCAUUUGCGACGUAUACAAAUGCUAAAAGGAUAGUUAAGCUUGUCAACGAUGUCGGAGCUGUUGUGAACACCGAUCCAGAAGUCAACAGUUUCCUAAAGGUCAUUUUCAUCCCCAACUACAAUGUAUCGGUGGCUGAAAUACUUAUUCCAGGAAGCGAGUUGUCGCAGCAUAUCAGUACAGCCGGAAUGGAGGCAAGUGGAACAAGCAAUAUGAAAUUUGCCCUGAAUGGAUGUCUCAUAAUUGGGACUUUAGAUGGUGCUAAUGUUGAAAUAAGAGAGGAAAUCGGGGAUGCGAAUUUCUUUCUUUUUGGCGCCACAGCUGAUGAAGUGCCUCGGCUGCGUAAAGAUAGAGAGGAUGGGAAGUUCAAGGCGGACCCUCGAUUUGGGGAGGCAAAGAAGAUGAUAAGAUCGGGAGCAUUCGGGACGUACGACUAUAAUCCACUGUUGGAUUCAUUGGAAGGAAAUUCUGGGUAUGGGCGGGGCGACUACUUUCUGGUCGGUUAUGAUUUUGCGAGCUACAUGGAUGCCCAAGACAGGGUGGAUAAAGCUUACAAGGACCGAAAGAGUUGGAUAAAAAUGUCGAUACUGAGCAGCGCAGGCAGCGGCAAGUUCAGCAGUGAUCGGACCAUCGCCCAGUAUGCAAACGAAAUCUGGAAUAUACACCCAUCCCCUCUCCCAUAACAAGACAAACACCAGAAGCGGACACGGGCGGACAGGCAGACACACAGUCGUGGAAUAAUAAUAAUAAUAAUAAUAAUUAAUAAUAUUGGCAAAGAACGAGCCUUUUGUCUUCAUACUUCAUAUAUUGAAUCAUCAUCUGUCAUUCAUAAUCACGUAAAAUCAAGUUAUGAUGCCUCGUA